GGUUAUCUACCCUCAUUUUGAAAAUGUGUUCUGUUGAACAGAAGCCUGUAUUCAAAGAGCUCUCAGCCGAUGACCCGGAGCCGCAAGUUACUGAAAUCGAGUCGUUGUGUGUUAAUUGUCACUCUAAUGGUAUUACUCGUUUACUACUUACGAAAAUCCCGUAUUACAAGAAUGUGGUCAUCAUGUCGUUUUCGUGCGAAGAAUGCGGUUACGAGAACAAUGAAAUUCAGCCAGGAGGGGCCUUUGCAGAGCUCGGGGUGAGAUGGAAGCUCCGAGUUGAAAAUCAAAUCGAUCUAAAUAGACAGGUGGUGAAGAGUGAUUACACCAGUGUCAAAAUACCAGAAGUGGACUUUGAGAUACCGGCUCAGAGUCAGAAAGGAGAAGUGACGACGGUUGAAGGUGUAAUAUCUCGGGCCAUACACGGCCUCACACAAGACCAGGAGGCCAGAAGGGCUCAGCAUCCUGAGGCUGCUGAACAGAUUGAAGCGUUUGUUGUUAGACUUGAAGCGUUGAAAACUUUGGAACGACCGUGGACUUUGGAAUUGGAAGAUAUCAGUGGUAAUUGUUUUGUGGAGAACCCUGAAGCGCCCCGCAGAGAUCCUCGAUGUGACCGGACCGACUUCAAGCGUACUAAACAACAGGAUCAUACCCUGGGCAUAUUCACACACGAGGAGGUGGAUGACAGCCAGGAAUCGAAGCCAUCAAUAAUAUCGGACAUGCUAUUGUCACCGGCUGAUCCAUCGGUGGGUUCGUUCGAUCAGCUCGCUAAAGAUGAAGUGUUACAGUUCAGAACUAACUGUCCGGACUGUAACGCCCCAGCCGAUACCAAUAUGAAAUUGACAGCUAUUCCACAUUUUAAGGAAGUAGUUAUAAUGGCCACUGUAUGUGAGGCGUGCGGACACAGAACUAAUGAGGUGAAAUCUGGUGGUGGCAUCGAAGACAAGGGUGUUAGGUUCGAGGUUCGGGUAGCGAGCAAAGAUGACUUCUCGAGAGACAUACUGAAGGCGGAGACGUGUAGCAUGCGCGUGCCCGAGCUGGAGCUGGAGGCGGGCGGGCGCGCGCUGGGCGGGCGCUUCACCACCGCGGAGGGGCUGCUGCGCGCCACCGCCCGCCAGUUGGGGGGCGCGCCUGGCCUCGUGGGGGACGCCCCCGCGCUCGCUGCCGGUGGGCUGGACAGGGUGGUGAAUAUGCUGGACGAAGUGCUGGAAGGUAAAAGAGCUGUAACGAUAGUUCUGGACGAUCCAGCGGGCAAUUCUUAUGUGCAGAGCUUAAAUGAUGAUCCGGUUGUACCAGACGAUGGUUUGAAGAUCACCCGUUACGAGCGUACGUUCGAACAAAACGAAGAGUUGGGUCUGAACGAUAUGAAAGUGGAAGACUACGAGGAGAGUUAACGCUAGUUGACUGGUAGAAUAUCUGUAGGUAUUAAGCGAGCCAUUUGUACAGUUGUGUGCAAUAAAGUUUAAAUAAAAAUGAAAAAUCGGCUUUAGUGUUGUGGUCGAUAUCGAUAAAACAUAUUAUCGAUAAGUUAAAUCUUAACGCUAUAUCGAUAUUAUCUAAUGUAUUUAUUUAUUUAUAAUAUAAUUAAACAUUGAUAUUGAUAAUAAUAUUACUUAUUAUAUACUUUCCAUAACGUGUAUAUGAUUAUCUGACGUUAUGUCCUUUGUAUUUUUUUACAUUACAUGUUUGGAUGAAACUUAUAGUUUUUUCAUAUAUCUAAUUUAUGUAUUAUUGUGUAUAUGUUGCAGUCAACUGGCUAAAAUAGUCUUUCGAUUGGACGUCUAGCCAUUUUAUUGAAUGUCAACAUUCAAUUUAAUGCGCUAGCUAUCCAAUUUAACUUUAAUUUAAAUAAAAUAGCAAAUUUGGCACGUAAAGUUUUUCUAAUCGUUUCUACGAGCUCAAUUGUAAUGUAAUUAAAGUUUAACAUUAUUUCUUAAGAUAGUUAAUAUAAAAUAAUGUUAGUU